AUGGGAUGCGGACCCUCGAAUGCGGCUGUCCCUGUUGCAGGCGAGGGAAUGGCCACCAUCUCCAAGCUGGUCUAUCCAAGGCCCGAAGCGUUCGAGAUUCCGCUCGGUGAGGAGGGUGAUACCGGGAGCCUGAUCAAGAAGCAUCCACCAAAGCGGUUGAAGCGUCUCGAAGAGCAACCCAGCACAGCGAGCAGCAUCGAAGAUCUAGAGGAGAAGUUAGCUACCGCGGAAAUUCGAAGACAACAAUUUCUAGCGAAUCGAUCACGGCAAACAACGUACGAUAAGGGCAGUCUGGAUGCGACGGAGAACGAUGCCAGUACGAUCCCGGAGGAGGGUGAAGAUGACCGAUCGACCGGCGGAGGAGAUGGCACCGGCGUGAUGGACCUCGAGGAUUCGGGUGUUGAGCGUACGGCACCGCAGGAGAGUGGCGAUCGACAGAGCCGACAACGAACGUGGCAGAAGGACACGGAUGAGGAGGAACAUGAUGCGGCCGAUGAGGAUGAGGAUCCGGAGCGAAUGAACCGACGGCGCCGUGGUUCCGAUCUGAGCAUUGGCCACCUCACCAACAUGCGAAUGAAGAUGAACCAGUAUCGCAAAAAAUCCCACCAGCACUAGCAAAUCGAAGGCCAUUAAAUCGGGAGAGAGAGAUCAGGUUAUAAGCGAGAGAAGUAGGGGGUUUUUUCUUUUUUAGUAAACAUACAUUUAUUUAUUCUUCAGUUUGUUUGUUGUUUUUCUUUAAUAUAGUGUUUCCUUUUUUUGCCUUGUUGUGAUCAUUUCCAUCUCGUGUUCAUCGGGCGCUUUUCUUGUUCACUUUGCCAGGGUUUUUUUUUUCUUUCUUUUGCUAUUUGUUUCCGUGUGGGUGUGGUUGUUAUGUUUAGUUUGCAUAUGUGUUUCAUAGUUGUUGCUCGCACUUCCCUUCUUCUGCUGGUGGUGGUUUCCUUUUCCGCUCUCAAUUUCCCUGUGCCAUUCACCGCUUCCACUGGCUUAGAGUUUUCUAGUCCCAGUGGACGAGAGGCCAGUGCAAGGAUGUUUUUAGUGACUUUUCUCAACAUGGCACCUUCCUUGCUUGGUUUCAUUAAUCAUUUAUGUUUCACUUUUAAUUCCCAUUCCCCUCUAAAAGGUUAGUACCAUUCUUUUGCGUGUCUUCCAUCGACUCACCUCGCGCUCCACUCUCAACUUUCUAUGAUCCUGUGUGUUCUCCCCCCGCUUCCUAUAUCCCUCUUUCAUCCCUCUAGUUUCAUUCGCUUACGUGUUUAUGUUAUGUUAAAUAUACUUUUUGGCAUACCCGUAUAAUACUUUUAUAAAAUAAACACCUUUUUAAUCUAGUUUUUCCAUUCCCUUUUUUGUGAGUUUUUCCCCCUCCCUUUCUCUCUCUCUCUCUCUCACACACGCAGACACACUCUCUUUUCCUUCUUCUCUCGCAUGCUCAAGUAUUUUUUUGUUUAAAUAAUUCCAUUUUUUGCUUGGUUGUUGCGCCGCCUGCCAGUCAGCCAGCCGUCGCUAGUUCGAUUUGCGUGAUCUGCAACGUUCUGACCUAAAACAUGAUUUAAUCUUUUUCUCAGUACUUUGCCACGACAUCGCGCUAUCGUAUGCGCCCUACCGAUGCCGAUCUUACCAUUUCGAACCCAAAACCGGAACGAGAAAUCGAUCUCUUCUCCUCCUAGUUAAUCGCCUGGUUUGCAUUUUGCGUUGAUUGCGCAAGAACCUCACCCGGUGGUUUCUUCAACAAACCACAUUCCCCGUUUGCUCCAUACAAUUCCUUGUAACCCUUUCCUUAUCCGUUUUAUCCUCAAAUUUCUCACUCAGCAUUUGGCCAUACGUGGUUGCGCCUUGUUUUUUUUUUUUGUUUGUUAGGUUUUUCCCCUUUUGUGUUUUGCUAACUCGCAACGGUAAGUGGUGCCCGUACCGUAGCCUUGGCGUGCGUUACAAAUGGUUUUCUUAUGUUGAGUUGUUUUCUUUUAUUUAAAAAAAACCUGAAAGUUAUGACAAUCGUUUCUCUCAUUGCUUUGUCGCGCUGGAAUGUGGUGGAUGUUUGCUCCCGUCCCGUGACGUGUUUGUGAAUUCGGCGGUUCAGUGUUGGGUUCAUCAUUUGCUUUGUAGGAAUUUUCUUUUGUUCAUACUAUUGGCUUUUGUUUUUUGUUCCACUAUGUCGCUAGCUGUGAGAUGCACGCUUCGUAAAGUAUGCUACAGGAUAGUGCGAGAGGCGCAGUAACACUAGUUUCGGAGCUUGUUUGCGUUUGCGCUAGUGAUCGAGCGCUAUGGCAUCGGGAUUCUGUAUGAGAAUGAGGUUGUGAGACAUAUAAACGAGAAAAGAAACGUUUCAAAGUAUGAAGCACAGAUGUUACAGAAAGUUACAGUGAAAUACAAGAACAAGAACAAGUGAAUUGCUUGAGUGAGCUAUGGGGCUCAUGGGGUUCGUGGUUCGUUUCAGCUAUUGACAAAUCCCUUUUCCUUUCAUUCCAUUGUACCAACAAAACUGCUCACAUACAUUGAUUCGAUUGCAACAUUAAUGGCGUAGCCCGGGCACACAUCAUAAUACUAAAAGGGGGAAAAGGGCUGUGAAAUGGGACCAUUUUAAUUCCGCUUAAACACCUCUGUACGACAUUCAUAAUUAAAUUACUCCACGGACACUACUUCAUUCUCUCUCUUUCCCUCUCUGCUUCUCUUUGUGAGCAUCAAUAAAACAUAACAUUUUCAGGAUGACAUUCGUCUUUGUAGGCCUUUGAAUUUUACAUUCGUGUUCAUAUUCAUAAAACAAAACCAUAUCGAAACGGAUCGACUACGAAUACGUACAUUACUUUAUAUAUAACCUUCUGAAACCUAUUUAUUGAAUUAGCAACGCGUAUGAAAAUUGCUAACUUUGCUUGCCUUUUUGUCCCUGCUCUCGUUUUGGUAACCAACUGCUUUCGAAUGCACUGGCGAAUGAUCCGUGAAUCGUUGUUUGAAUGAUGUAGCGCAACAACAACAACAACCAUAACCAGCAAAACAGUAUCGAAUUCGGUUUAACAAAGACAAACAACACAUGCUGCCUUAACGAUCUUGCACAAUCAAAACGAUUCGGGAGGGUGACGAUUGAGAUCCUACGUAAUUCGGGACCCGUGAUUGCAUCCUGUUCUUUAAGGAUAAACAAGAAUCAACAUAAAACUUCACAACCGUACUACUAUACAAACAUAACAACAUAAACGGUUUCCUCUGGUUACAAUUCCUCCAAAAAACCAAAGUCUGUUUAGCCCAAUCUCAAUCCCCUGUUUUGUUUGUUUGGUUUGAUCUUAACGUCUAAGUUUGAUUUGUUUGCCAUUGCGGGUUCAUUGCCCUCAGAAGCUUGGUAAAUUAACGUACGCUCAAUUGGUUCGCUGGCGCGUGCUUUGCUUUACUCAUUUCCUGUUCUUUAGUAAACGAACAACUCAGUCAUCAAAAGAACGUGACAACAUCCAUCUUUCACUGACGGUGAACGAGAUUUCACAAAACCGAACGGACCGAACAGAAAGCCGUUUGCCAAAAAUCACGUUAAAUACUUCCAUUAUCUAUAGGUCGCGAGGUUCGGGCUUCCGAUGGGUGCUGACCGUGCUGAUUGUGUGAUUAUGAAUUUCUAUAAGUGCGGCGAAUCCUUGGUACAUUUUUGCCUCCCGCCUUCGACGAUGUCUUUUUUUCUUGUUUGUUUUUACUCUUACGGUGCGGUGUUACGAAUAUGCGAUUUGAUUUUUCCUUUACUCAAUUACAUUAUGCUAUGAUGCUUUCUGUUUUCGGUUGUGUUUUUUUUUUUUUUUGUUGCUUUUCUUUCAAUAAAUACAGACAAAAAAGAGACUCGUGCGCUGCUUCCUUCAAAAUCGACCCGCGAGUAGGUGCUGAAGAGAGUGCGUUCGCGUAAAUUUCACCCACCGCCCACCAAUUCAUGUGAUUGCGGCGAACAUAUGAGCUAUACCUGUAGUAGAAAAACAACUUCAGUGACAGUUCCGAGUUGGUCCGACAGCCGCAGCUCCAUGAACCGAUCAAUAUAUGUAUAUGCAGAUACAUUCUUAUAUAUAUAUUAUAUGUGUUUGCGUUCCACCGCCAAGACGCACCUGUUGCUUCACAAUUUGCUAUCUCUUAUAUAACUCCUCCAACCGGUUGUUCGUUUUGGUUUCCACAAAAUCUCAAAUCCAUAGCUUAGCUUAUGCUCUAGUACACUGACAAAAUACACACAUAAAUACCCACACACAGACACACACAUAUAUAUAUAUACGUAUAAUUACAUGCAUAUUAAGCUCACCAGCUCGCCACACAAAUUCUACACUAUCGCUCCUCUCCGCCGUACACCCGCUUAUGGUUGUGUAAAGUGUGUGUUCUUUAAAAAAAAGAACAAAUCAAUCAGCAAGGAGGAUGGAGGGGAGAUGCAGCGCAACAAACGAACUUGUUUGAUCUCACUUUUGUUUAUCUAUUUGUUGUUGUUGUUCUUGUCAUUAUUUUUUUUCAUCAUUAUCUUGUUUCUCUUUUCUUUUACUGAUUUCUGAGAGACGCAUCCCAUUUUGCUACGGGUGUGUCGUCAUAUUAAAAAGAUUUUAUACUUAAUGCUAGUCCACCGAUAUACCAUCACUACCGAUUGCUAGCACGUUACUAUGGUCGUGUUCGAUCUCGCACUGCUCGCUACCGCGACGACAUACCUAUGACCUGUCCGGUCCCGUAAUUUACUAGAGUUACAAUUACCUCCUUUAGCAUCGCUUUUAAUUACUUACAUUAAUUUUAUUUAUUGUCUGCAGAAUAAUAUAUAACUGUAUCUCUUGCUGCGCCUAACGCCUUGUUUGUAAUGUAUCUUAGCUCAGCGAACGAAGGAGUAUGCUUGAGAUGAAUCACCAAUUAAUCGAAUCAAAGCUAAUUAAAUGGAGAAAAAAAUUAGAGUGAUAAAAAGGAUGGUUGUGGCAAAAAUAUGCUGCUGCACUCUUGUCACAACGAAUACGAGCGAGAGCUGCAUGCAAACUGAACCACUUGCCUGCAGCAUAAAUUCCAUUGCAUGCAACAACCCACUCGAACACUCAGCGACAAAACAACAGUAGCACCAAGGGUUUGCUUGGAAAGUGUGUGAACAUUUUUUUGAAAAUGUUUUCUGAAGAUUCCGCAUCACUUCGUCCUGAAUUCUUAUAACAUCCCUUAUUAAAACCACCACAAAAUUACACAAAAAUGCGUCAAACUCUUUUGAGAUCCAUGUUGCCUGUGCAAUUGGUGCUGCAUGAAGCUUCAGCAAUUUGCAUAUUUAUGUAAAUCAAUUAUCGCUCUGCUUUUAACUAAAAACACUAAAAGAGAAAGGACUAGCAAGACUUUUCAAGAGCUGGGUCGUCGUCUGCCAUUCUCCUAAACCGAACCACAUCACUGCGCCAUUCUUCGUCGAGCAUUUUCCUUGCGAAUCUCGAGAUUUGUGUUUCGCUAAGUUAGGCUCCAAGUCUCAGAGGUUGCUUCAUGUUUCUCGACUUGAUUUUUCGAGUGGAUUAAAUUCCUCAGGCUGGUUAGGACAUUGUCAGUGAUAACUGCUAACGCGAAAGUGAAAGUGUUUCCCUUGCGAGCCCUUUCGAGUCGUCCGUAGUAUCCGCCGGAUAACGGAGUCCGUUCCCCCCCUGGGGCACGACGACAACAAUGAUGACGACCGUGCCCGGUCCUGGCAUCCUUUCCCUAACCGUGAGCAAUGCUUCAUUUGUGUGUACGUUUUUGGUUGGUUGUAUUUGCAGCUUUUUUGUGGUGGGGGGGGGGG